CUUUCCAUCUCUUUUUCCGUCCCUUCAAAUAUAGUUGGCACUUGGCAGGCCGCAGGACAAAGCAGCCUUUCGGAGAUCUCAAGAGCCUUGUAACCCUCGAUGUUUCCCAAGUGGUUAUUACCUUCUCUUCCUUUAUGCACGCUCUGAAAUAUUGGACUUAACUCUCCCAAUCCCAUCCUAAUCGAAAAUUUCUUUCUUUCUUACCUUCCAUUAGCAAACAAAGAAAGUAAGAAAGAGAGAUGGCGACCCUUUCCUCAACACAUUGCCGUUCAUAUUCGCCGUUACCAUCAUCUUCGUGUGCGUCUUCUUCUUCAUCUUCAUGUUCUAAACUCGGUCAUCGUCAGAGGGUAUCGGUCUCUUCGGUUCCUAAACGCUGUCUUGCGGUUAAGGUCUACUGCGUACAAUCCCAAACGAGUUCUGCGGGCCGCAUGCAAGAUGUGGGUGUAGGUGCAAUGGCAACCACAGCAACGCCAAUUGAAAAUGAGACCCCUUUCAAGAAACUGAAGGAUGGGUUGUUGUCAGUUCCAUCUUCAGUCGAGUAUAAUGAGGCAGUGGCAUUUGAUAUCAACGAAAAAGAGCCUGCUGUUAGCAUUACUGUGGUUGGGGCCUCUGGGGACCUUGCCAAGAAAAAGAUAUUUCCUGCACUUUUUGCACUAUUUUAUGAGGAUUGUCUCCCCAAGCACUUUACUGUGUAUGGUUAUGCUCGGAGUAAGAUGACUGAUGCUGAACUUAGAAACAUGGUUAGCAAGACCCUUACUUGCAGAAUUGAUAAGAGGGAGAACUGCAGUGAAAAGAUGGAGCAAUUUCUUAAAAGAUGUUUCUACCAUUCCGGACAGUAUGAUUCACAGGAAAACUUUGCAGAGCUAGACAAGAAGCUGAAGGAGCGUGAGGGUGGAAGGGUGUCUAAUCGCCUAUUCUAUCUAUCCAUUCCUCCGAAUAUAUUUAUAGAUUCUGUAAGAUGUGCUAGCUUGUCAGCUUCAUCUGGUAAUGGGUGGACUAGGGUCAUUGUGGAAAAACCCUUUGGUCGGGAUUCAGAAUCCUCAGCUGCUUUGACAAAAGCUCUCAAACAGUACCUAGAAGAGGAUCAAAUAUUCAGGAUAGACCACUAUCUGGGGAAGGAGCUUGUAGAAAACCUAUCAGUUCUCCGGUUUUCUAAUCUCAUUUUUGAGCCACUAUGGUCAAGGCAAUAUAUACGGAAUGUACAGUUGAUAUUCUCUGAGGAUUUUGGCACUGAAGGACGUGGAGGGUACUUCGACAACUAUGGGAUAAUAAGAGACAUAAUGCAGAAUCAUCUGCUUCAAAUACUAGCCCUAUUUGCCAUGGAAACGCCAGUUAGUUUGGCUGCCGAAGAUAUUAGAAAUGAAAAGGUCAAAGUUUUACGUUCAAUGAGGCCAUUACAACUAGAAAAUGUGGUCGUAGGGCAAUACAAGAGUCACACAAAAGGAGGUGUUACCUACCCUGCCUACACCGAUGACAAUACCGUACCCAAGGACAGCUUAACUCCAACAUUUGCUGCAGCUGCCCUCUUCAUAGAUAAUGCAAGAUGGGAUGGGGUGCCUUUUCUAAUGAAGGCUGGGAAAGCAUUACAAACCAAGAGGGCUGAGAUAAGGGUACAAUUUAGGCACGUGCCGGGUAAUUUAUAUAACCGGAACUUUGGGACAGAUCUUGAUCGAGCAACAAAUGAGCUUGUUAUUCGAGUGCAGCCUGAUGAAGCUAUUUAUUUAAAGAUCAAUAACAAGGUCCCUGGUUUGGGUAUGAGAUUGGACCGAAGUAAUCUGAAUCUUCAUUAUGCAGCAAGAUAUUCAAAGGAGAUUCCAGAUGCUUAUGAGAGGCUUCUCCUGGAUGCUAUAGAAGGGGAAAGAAGGCUGUUUAUCCGGAGCGAUGAACUGGAUGCUGCUUGGGCGCUUUUCACACCUCUGUUAAAAGAGCUCGAAGAGAAGAAGAUUAUCCCAGAAUAUUAUCCGCACGGGAGCCGAGGACCUGUUGGGGCCCACUAUCUUGCCGCAAGAUACAAUGUCCGGUGGGGUGACUUCGGUGCAGAUCAAUGAUUUUCAGAAUGAUAUACAGUAUAUCCGUCAGAUUAGGGAGCAUAAAGCUUCAAGGUUCUUAUUUGCUCAUUUGGGUGCAGUAGAUUAAAAUUAUCAGGGCUAUCAGAUGGAGAAAGCCUGAUUCACCUAGUCCGGGGGAGAUUUUAGGAGGGUGAAAUUACAUGGGUAGAUACAUAAGGCAGCUAGGGAAGAAAAGGAUUUUCCUACCCUUUUUUCUACGCGUACUAUUCUCUCUCCUUUUUCACGGAAUUUGGAUUUCUUGAAUGUGUGAAUUGCAGUGAAUGUAUCUUCCCCAUUUUACCUCAGAAGUCUGAUAAUUAAAGUUACUUGGUCAA